AUGUUACGUUCAAUUGUUGGCAAAAGUUCAAGAUCAUUGAAUUUCGUUGCUAAGCGUUCAUAUGCGGAAGCUGCUGCCGCAACAUCAGGUUUGAAAUUACAGUUUGCCCUACCACAUGAAACUUUAUAUAGCGGCUCCGAAGUAACUCAAGUAAAUCUACCUGCUAAAUCAGGACGUAUUGGUGUACUGGCCAAUCAUGUUCCCACUGUCGAGCAAUUGCUACCAGGUGUCGUUGAAGUUAUGGAAGGCUCUAAUUCUAAGAAAUUCUUUAUAUCAGGUGGUUUUGCGACUGUUCAACCGGAUUCGCAAUUAUGUGUGACUGCGAUUGAAGCUUUCCCAUUGGAGUCCUUUUCACAGGAAAAUUUAAAAAAUUUGUUAACAGAAGCCAAGAAAAACGCUAGUUCAUCUGAUGCCAGGGAAGCUGCAGAAGCUGCAAUUCAAGUAGAAGUUUUAGAAGAUUUACAAUCUGUAUUAAAAUAG